UAGAAGCCCCGAAGGCCGAGAGUGAAUGAGUGGGAUGGGGACGGGGCUGAGGCUCCUCCUGUCAGGGGCUGGGCCUUGCGUCGUGGGCCUGGGCAGGGAGCAGCCGUGACGUCAGGGCCCGGAGCGGUGCGGCUGCCGCCAGACCCUGCGGCAAGAGAGUGGGUGUGUGCGUGGGGGGUCGGCCAAACUUCCUGUCCCGCGCUCGAGCUGCUUCCGGCGGGAGCCGGAAGACGCUGUGUGUGGACGGAAUUCGGGACCGACUGACGGCCUGCCGGCUGCCCGGAACUAGAAGGUUAAAUUGAUUACCUACCUAGUACAACAUCUUAACAGGAAGAGCAUAGUAUUUCCUAGAGGAAUAUGAACAUAACAGGAAGGUAUCAUUGGCUCUGAAUUAAAUUUGAACUUGUCCCCUGAAUAGCUACAGGUUUUGGAAGCUGAAUCAAUGUUAUCAGAUGAGUUAGAAUCCAAACCAGAGCUCCUGGUACAGUUUGUUCAGAAUACGUCCAUCCCUCUGGGACAGGGUCUAGUAGAAUCAGAAGCUAAAGAUAUUACUUGUUUGUCCCUCCUUCCUGUGACUGAAACCUCAGAAUGCAGUCGGCUAAUGUUACCAGAUGAUACUACAAAUCAUUCUAACUCCUCCAAGGAGGUCCCUUCCUCAGCUGUUUUGAGAAGCCUUCGGGUGAAUGUUGGUCCAGACGGAGAGGAGACGAGGGCUCAAACUGUACAGAAAUCCCCAGAGUUUUUGUCCACUUCAGAGUCUUCUAGCUUGUUGCAAGAUCUACAGCCAAGUGAUAACACUUCUUUUAUUCUUCUCAACCUAACAAGAGCAGGUCUGGGCUCUUCAGCUGAGCACUUAGUGUUUGUACAGGAUGAGGCAGAAGAUUCAGGGAAUGAUUUUCUCUCCAGUGAGAGCACGGACAGUAGCAUUCCAUGGUUCCUCCGGGUUCAGGAGUUGGCCCAUGACAGUUUGAUUGCUGCUACUCGUGCACAACUGGCAAAAAAUGCGAAAACCAGCAGCAAUGGAGAAAAUGUCCACCUUGGUUCUGGUGAUGGGCAACCCAAAGAUUCUGGGCCCCUUCCUCAAGUGGAAAAGAAGCUCAAGUGUACAGUUGAAGGCUGUGACCGGACAUUUGUAUGGCCAGCUCACUUUAAAUACCACCUCAAGACUCAUCGAAAUGACCGCUCCUUCAUUUGUCCUGCGGAAGGUUGUGGGAAAAGCUUCUAUGUGCUGCAGAGGCUGAAGGUACACAUGAGGACCCACAAUGGAGAGAAGCCCUUUAUGUGCCAUGAAUCUGGCUGUGGUAAGCAGUUUACUACAGCUGGAAACCUGAAGAACCACCGACGUAUCCACACAGGAGAGAAACCAUUCCUUUGUGAAGCCCAAGGAUGUGGCCGUUCCUUUGCUGAGUAUUCUAGCCUCCGAAAACAUCUGGUGGUUCACUCAGGAGAGAAGCCUCAUCAGUGCCAAGUCUGUGGGAAGACCUUCUCUCAGAGUGGAAGCAGGAAUGUGCAUAUGAGAAAGCAUCACUUGCAGCUGGGAGCAGCUGGGAGUCAAGAGCAGGAGCAAACUGCUGAGCCACUAAUGGGCAGUAGUUUGCUUGAAGAGGCUUCAGUACCCCGUAAAAACCUGGUGUCUAUGAAUUCCCAGCCCAGCCUUGGUGGAGAGUCCUUGAACCUACCAAAUACCAAUUCUAUCCUGGGAGUUGAUGAUGAAGUGCUUGCUGAAGGAUCCCCACGUUCCCUGUCUUCAGUGCCUGAUGUGACACAUCACUUGGUGACCAUGCAGUCAGGGAGGCAAUCAUAUGAAGUUUCUGUCUUAACUGCAGUAAAUCCACAAGAGUUACUAAACCAAGGAGAUUUAACUGAAAGACGGACAUGAGCACGGGUGCUGACUCCUGGAAGAGCAGCUCUAUCUGAUCUCAAAACGCAUACACUGGGAACAGGAUGCCGUAGCUCACAACAGAACAGAAUGAAUCUCUGAAGGACAGGACUCUGCUUUUGCCACUCUUCCUCUUUCCUGGUACAGAAGAUGGAUGUAGGAGAGCCUCUUUUCUAACUGCCAUCUUAUCCAGACAAAGAAUGAAGCAAUGACUGUGGGCUAGGAAACUGUACCUACCUCUCUUCCCACUGCAAAAUUCUGGGAUUGACCAAAAGUGAAUUUGAUUAUGUGUUGGCUGAAGUUCCUCACUAUGACUGUUGAGGGGAGGUUUUCCUUUGAAGAGUUUUCAUGCCAGACUCAGCUGUCUUCACAUGGAUGAAAUAAUUCCUGCCACCAACAACAGAGCUUCACCAGGAAGUUGAGCUUUCAUGAUGCCUUGUUGCUUUGAAGAAGGGAGUGAUGUCAAUUAUCUUGUUACAUUCUCCCUUUAGCAACCUGAGUAAGCGACUCUGCCACUGGGCUGCAAAAAAAUUAAUUACUUGAAUCUCCCCUUGGCCCAGGCUGAGGUACUAUCUUGUCCUAUACCUUCUACUUGGUCACUUUGCUUUUCUUUGUUAAUGGAACAUACAGUAGCAUGUUAAGAGGGAUUUCAUGUUUUUGUUUUUUUAAAGUUAAAAAUUAGAUGAUGCAGAUUCAGUUUUUCCUUUAAAUAAACAAAACAGCCCAGUCA